AUGGGCAAGGAUAGGGAUAGCAGUACGUCCUUCACCUUCCCCUCAAUGUACGCGUUGCUACGCGGGGCGUUGCUCUCCAUCGUCCUCAUCUUCCUCAUCCAUGUCGUCCUCCAGAUCCAGACGGUCAGGUGGUACUCUCCCUCCCCCGAACCUUCUCCAGAGUGGAGCGUCUUCACUAUAUGGGACUGGGUGAAGGGCGGCGGCAGCGCCGCCAGCCUUGCCGAGACCACUUCGAGGCUGCGCGACGCGGUCGUCUUCCUCCCCCUGACGGACGCGAAGUUAACCGCGGAUGGGGAGACGUACUUCAUGCCCGCCCUGAACGACACCUACGACGGCGAGGAGGCGCAGCACCUCCGGUUCCCCUCGCCGGCCUCCGGUGGACGGCUGCUCUGCCUCUCCCGCAACCACACCGCCGACGGCACGAAGAAUUCCUACGCUCUGGCCUGGUCGGACGCCCUACCUGGCGGCGCUGCCCUCCUCCCGGGACUGACCUUCGUCUCCGACAUCUUCUACGAUUACAGAAACCUGUGGCACGGCCUGGGGGCAGUGGUUCCCUUCGUGAGCUGGUACAGGAGCAGCGGCUGCAAGCCGCCGGCGAGGUGGUUGCUGUACACGAGAGGGGAGCUGCAGAAAGUCAUGGGGCCCUGGGUCAGGGCCGUCACCGAAGCGGCCAUGGGCCAAGAUGUGAGGAUCGAGACCAUCGGAGAUCCCUCCCAGCCGACCUGCUUCGAGGAGGCCGUCGUCUUCCGCCACAACGAGGGAAGGAUGUCCAUGCGGAAGAGAGGAGAAACCUACGACAUGCUGCGCUGCAAGGCGAGAGCACUCUGCAACGCCACCUCCGCCGGCGACGACGACGAGAGAGGGGGGUCCCCGGUGGUCCGCAUGACGGUCCUGAUGAGAACGGGAACGAGGUCCUUCAAAAACGAGUCGGCCGUGGUCGAGGCCUUCCGGCGGGCCUGCGCCGGCUUCGGCGAGUGCCGGCUGACGGUGGCCUGGACGGAGAAACUGGAGAGCUUCUGCGACCAGGUGAAGCUGAUGAGCGACACGGACGUGCUGGUGUCGCCGCACGGGGCGCAGCUGACUAACAUGAUCUUCAUGGACCAGAACAGCAGCGUGAUGGAGUUUUUCCCGAACGGGUGGCUCGAAAUGGCGGGGCCGGGGCAGUACGUCUACCAUUGGCUGGCGGCGAAAUUGGGGAUGCGCCACAGGGGGGCCUGGAGAGACCCCACCGGGGUGGCCUGCGACUUACCGAAGACGGACCCCCGAUGCUUCAGCCUGUUCUACAAAGACCAGCUGCUCGGCCACAACGAGACCCAUUUCAUCAAUUGGACGGCCGCCGUGCUCGCCCAAGCGAGGGAGUACAAGCUCAGCAAGGUUUCUGCCGUCGAGGGCGGGCAGACCCAGCAGCAGCGCCGGUCACGUGGCUGUCCUUGUGGUGGGUAG